CGGGUCGGCGACCUUUUAGGAAGAGAGUGGAAAAUAAGAAAUAGGAAAAAGGGAAAGUUGUUAAUCUCAAAAAUCAUCACUGCUCUCUGUCGCAGUUGCGAAGCGAAACCCUAGGCUGAUAACGAGCUCACCCAAAGAGGAGAAGAUGCUGAGGAUAGCUGGGAGGAGGGCUUCGUCUCUGUCGCGAUGGCCCGUGCGUUCCGUCGCUCCAUCUUCAUCCGCUUUCAUCUCUGCAAAUCAUUUCAGUUCUGAUGACGAUUCCUCUUCCCCCAGAUCCAUUUCUCCUUCUCUCGCUUCUGUGUUUCUCCACCAUACGAGAGGGUUUUCAUCUAAUUCAGUUUCUCAUGCACAUGAUAUGGGUUUAGUCCCAGAUCUUCCACCCACAGUGGCUGCUAUUAAGAAUCCCACAUCAAAAAUUGUUUAUGAUGAACACAACCAUGAGCGGUAUCCACCUGGUGAUCCAAGCAAACGUGCAUUUGCCUACUUUGUCUUGACAGGAGGUAGGUUUGUCUAUGCCUCAUUGGUGCGUCUCCUGAUUCUUAAGUUUGUUUUGAGCAUGUCUGCCAGUAAGGAUGUUCUUGCCCUUGCUUCACUUGAAGUGGAUCUCUCCAGCAUUGAACCUGGUACAACUGUUACUGUAAAGUGGCGUGGCAAACCUGUUUUCAUCAGGCGCCGAACUGAGGACGACAUCAAUUUGGCAAACAGUGUUGAUCUUGGCUCCCUUCGCGAUCCACAACAGGAUGCAGAGAGGGUUAAGAGUCCAGAAUGGCUUGUGGUUAUUGGGGUAUGCACCCAUCUUGGGUGCAUUCCUUUGCCAAAUGCCGGUGAUUUUGGUGGUUGGUUUUGCCCUUGCCACGGCUCCCAUUAUGACAUCUCUGGUAGGAUCCGCAAGGGACCUGCACCAUAUAAUCUGGAGGUGCCUACUUAUAGUUUCCUGGAAGAGAACAAGUUACUUAUUGGUUAAGUAGGUAAAAAGGCUGUACUUGUGGGAAAUUGUAGCUGCUGGAACCAAAAUAUGAUCUUGACGAAAACCAUAUACACAUUUCUUUAAUUCCUUAUGUUCUACUUUGUGAGCUAUGAUUUUGGAUUUGUAAUUGCCCACCAGUUCUGGGUAGAUCAUGGAUUUUUGUGCGAAUAAUUUUGCUGGCUGCUUGCUAAGCAUUUUCCAGAUUUGCUGGCAAUUUGUAUUCUAUUUUUUAAUAUAAAUUCUCUUGGCACGAGUCCUGUUUGUGAUU